AUGCCAGUUGUAAGAAUGCUCAACAAGAAGCAUCGCCGCGAGCACCACGAAAUCAACCGUGACCUGAUUCACAUGGCGUUCGACUUCAAUCAUGAUGAGAAGAUAAUAUAUGAACUCAACAAGGUUGUCCAAAACCAUGCGAUCGAGGUGAUGAGCGGCGAUCGCACAGAAGUGCCGACGAAUGAGCUCUUCGACAAAAUCGAGCAGCUCAUUCGCCGAUUGCCGCUUGAUGUUCGACAUCGAAUGUGGAAGAGCUCGAGCAUGAAUCUGCGAUAUUUCGUCAAAUUCGAGAAGAUCAUUCGCACACUUCCCGAGCUCAUGAAGGACACCGGAAGAAAGGAGCUGAUGAUGGUGCUUCUGAAGAAGGACUCGAAAAUCAUCCGCAACUAUAACUAUAAGGAGUCAGCCGGUGAUGACGAUGUGACGAUGAGCUCGGAUGAGUAUUUGCAAUUAAUUGGAGACGUCGAAAAAACGAUCAAGGAAUCUGUCAGUGAAGACACAGACACCGACACUUCGAGUGACGAAUGA